CGUUGCUCCCAUUUUCCUUUUCCCUUCUUUUACUUCUCUCGUGAUCUCUUAUGUCUAUAUUUAUGCAUGUAUAUAUAAAGAGGUGGGUACUGGUAUAUGCUAGAAUAUGUACAUACAUGUACAUAACUCAUCUGCAGCCGAGAACAUGAAUAAACCCAGUUCAGCUUUAAAUUAAAUCAUAUCUUAUUAGAAUGGUCAUGGGUGAUAGUGCAGUCAGCCUCGAGAAGAUGAUCAUAAACAAGGCCAAUAUUCCUUCCAAGGCAUUGAUCAUCAGACUCAACCUCAUUUUCCUUGUUUUCUUCUUUCUUGUCUACGCUGCUCUUCUUCUCAGACCAUCUUCGUCUUUAUACUUUUACAACGCUGCAUCACUUGUUAGGUGCUCUUUGCGCGAGUGCCAUCACAAGGUGGAGAGAGGAGUUAAAAUGCAGGCAGAGUUUGACGGGAGAAACCCCAUUAUGGACAACGCUGUAGAGCGUAAGAGUAAUUUGAGUAAGCUAGAGGUGGCUAGCUUCAUGAACGAGAUGGGAAGAGGAUUAAAGAUUGGGAUGAUUAACAUGGAAGACGUGGAUGUUAGUGAAUUGGAAGUUUAUGGAGAACUUAUACAAAUUCAUUUCAAGAGAGUAUCAGAGAAUUUGGAAUGGAAAGAUUUAUUCCCAGAAUGGAUUGACGAGGAGGAAGACAAUGAGAAUCCAUGGUGUCCGGAGAUACCAAUGCCUGAGUUGAGAAUAUAUAAGGAUGAUAUGGACGUAAUAGUAGCAAAGUUGCCGUGCAAGUACCCAGAUGAAGGGUGGUCCAGGGAGGUUUUUAGGCUGCAGAUGCACCUGGUGCUGGCAACAAUGGCGGUGAACAAGGGGAAAAGAGACUGGAAUAGGAGGACAAAAGUGUUGUUGUGGAGCAAGUGCAGACCGAUGAUGGAGAUUUUCCGGUGCGAUGAUCUGAUCAGACAUGAAGGUAACUGGUGGUUGUAUCAGCCGGCCGUCGCAAGGUUGGAACAGAAGUUGAUGUUGCCGGUUGGAUCUUGCAACUUGGCUCUACCCUUGUGGGGACAAGGUAUCCACGAAGUCUACGACACUUCCAAGAUCGAAAGCGCCGUAAAAAACCCUAGAAGAGAAGCCUAUGCAACGGUUCUCCAUUCCUCGGAAGCGUAUGUUUGUGGUGCCAUAACUCUCGGCCAGAGCCUCCAAAAAACCGGCACCAAACGCGACCUUCUAAUUCUCGUCGACAACUCCAUCACCGACGCCAAACGUCAAGCUCUGGUCGCUGCCGGUUGGACCAUCCGACUCAUCAAAAGAAUCCGUAACCGCAGAGCAGAAAAAGACUCCUACAACGAAUACAACUACAGCAAGUUCAGACUCUGGCAACUCACUGAUUACCAUAAAGUUAUCUUCAUUGACUCCGACAUCAUCGUACUCCGAAACCUCGAUCUCCUCUUUUACUUCCCACAAAUGUCAGCAACCGGAAACGACGUCUGGAUUUUCAACUCCGGCAUUAUGGUGAUCGAGCCCUCCAACUGCACUUUCAAACUACUGAUGAAACUGCAAGACGACAUCGUUUCGUAUAACGGGGGUGACCAGGGGUUUUUGAAUGAGGUUUUCGUUUGGUGGCACAGGUUGCCUCGGAGAGUCAAUUUUCUCAAGAACUUCUGGGCUAACACUUCGGUUGAGGCCAGCGUUAAGAACCAUCUGUUUGCGGCUGAUCCGCCCAAGCUUUAUUCGAUUCAUUAUUUGGGUUUAAAGCCUUGGUUGUGCUACAGAGACUAUGAUUGCAACUGGGACAUUGAUGAUCAACGAGUUUAUGCCAGUGACGUGGCGCAUGAAAGGUGGUGGAAGCUGCAUGACGCCAUGGAUGAGAACUUGCAGAAACAUUGUAGAUUGACGAAACGGAGGAGGAUCGAGUUGGAUUGGGAUAGAAAGAAAGCAAGAGAAGCUGGGUUUAGUGAUGAGCAUUGGCGGAUCAAUAUUACUGAUCCUAGACGGACCCUUUUGACUUAGAUACUCUAAUUUUCUUAUAUAUAUAUAUAUUUCUUUGUUGAAGAUUUUUGCUAGCUAGCUGUAUGUAGAGAAUUGU